UGGAAACUGAGGUGACAGGCAACGGUAUACAAAAACGAAUCACGUGGAUAUGAUAUCCAACGUUUUUCCGCGAUAGUAGUAAUUUUCUUCAAGUUUAUAUUUUCUAAAUAUGUCUAAUUCAUUAGUACGAAAGAGUCUGGAAAUACUAAAUUACGAGAAGGACCUGAAACAAGGGAAGAAGAAAAAAGAAAGAUCAAAGAGUACUUUGGAUCUGAUUCCUGCCAAGCAUAGGACCGUUUCUCGCAGAAAAGCAGAUACCACGGCUGUUUUACGACGGUCGAGUAAAAUCACGGUGCACGAAGCUAAGAAACAAUUGUGCAGCAAGACAGACCCGAUAGAAGAAAAUGUCCAACGACUUCUUCUUUUAAGUAGUGGACACCUGGACACAGAAACAUUUGAUAAACACAUAAAUCGUGCAGUUAAACAGUACGUACCAAAGAAAGAAAAACCUGCAGUACCGGAAACAACAGCUUUUACCGAAGAAGAUUUUAAGAAGUUUGAACAAGAAUACAUAGGAUAAUAAGUUUAAAUUAAUAUUUUACACGUAUUAACGCAAGCGUACACAGGAACGACAUGUUAGACAGCGACCGUGAAAAGGGUAAAGUAAUUUUAAUCGCGAUCACUCUUAUUUUUCUGUAUUACACCAUUUGGGUAAUUGGUUUGCCAUUCAUAGACGACGAUAAAUUACAUUCUUUCUUUUAUUCGCAUAGCAUAGCCUUGAUGACUCCUGCUAUUACCGGUCUUUGCUUUGUCGGUGGUUUGGUAAUAUUCACGGCGUACCAUGUAACGCCUUAUUUGUUGCAAUAUAGGCAGCUCGAUAAAUAAAUAUCGAUAUAUAACAGAAAUGAAAAUAAAUUUAAUUUGUAAGCCA